UGUAAGGCACGUGCCGAACCCGGGUUGUAAAUAGAGAUAGGAAUGAUAGAAGGAAAACGAGACUUGAUUGUUAUUGGAAAAUAAUUUUAACGGCUAAAAUGUACCAUCCUAUUGCAUUUUUACGCCGUGCCGCCAAAUGAGGUCUGUCAUAAAAGACGGACGUAUCAUGCGGAGGGAUUAAUGUUAUAUGAGAGUGGCGUUCGAUGAUCUGACGUACGGAUUAGGUUUUCUGCAGGAUCGCACAGGUCAGAAAUAAUAAUAACAAUCAUAGCCGGGAAAAGAGGCCCUCUGGUCAGCUGCAAGUCCAGUUGUCGUGAAGAGCACAAAUUGUUCCACGUCGUGCGGUGCGUGGGCGGCCUGUGCUCGCGCUCGUUCUCCCAGACGUGCAGCCCGACCAUCAAGGCGCUGGGGACCUACACGGACCCUGUCCAGGAGUUCGAGGUGAUGCUGCCCGCAGACACGAGGUUCUCGCUGAAGACAGCCUGCAGACAUUACGCCGACUACGAGCACUGCGAGGACGUGUACGGCGACAACUGCACCGACACCAUGAAGGAAACACAGAUCUUCCACACCGUCUUCAAGCCGCUCUGUCGCGAAAACUAUAAGCAAUACCUUUCUCACUUGGACUGUUACAGAAGAAUGAAGAAAUAUUUCAGCACGUGUAGAAGAAAACGACGCUCGAAAAUGCCGAGUGGGAUACAGUCCUCCAGAGGCAGCUACUGGUGCAGGAUUACAGGUGACUUCAUAACCUGCAUGUACAGUAACAUAGCACUUGGUUGCUCCAUAGAGGCUGCUAACGUUUAUUUAACCAUCAUGAAUAAAACUAUUGAGACGCUCCCUCAUUCUGGAGCGCCAUGCGCAUUCACACAUCCGCUUGACCUACUGAAGACCACGUCAUCUCCAAGUGCGUCAACGUCACCACUGUACAUGCUGCGUGAUGCGGAACAGGUGUCGAACGGACAGUACCAGUCUAUUAAUCCGGUCCACAAUUCUCAAGGACAUAUAUGCAUUUCUGUAAUGUUUAUACUGAUACAUUUAAUAUUUUUUUCGUAUGCAAAUAUUUUAUGACAAGUAUUGCUUUGACACUGAUUUAUUUUAAAUGGUGUUUUUUUUGUACAAUCAAAACAACCAAAGAGUGAAAGAGUGAUAUUUCUUAA